CAGGACAAAUGUGAACCGCUCCUUGAGAGCAAGGCCCACACUAAGAAGGGUCGUCACAAGUUCAGUCUCCAAGACCCGAAAAAGUUGGUCUAUGGGUAUAUUGUUCCUGCCCGUGAUGUGGCAUAGUCAAUAUGACUUAUUUCAGUUCUUCACAAACUUUGUCUCACUUUACAACUACAACACUUGUUUCAUUCACUCACAUAUAUAUUUGGCCAAUAUCAUCGACAUUCCUUUUGCAUCGAAUAGUUCCUCUUUCACUGUGUUUUCCUCCGCUUGGCGCAUGUUUUAUAUAUUUUAUCAGAUCACCCUUAUUGCACGCUAGACAUACUUAUCAUGUGGCUUGGUGUAUGUUCUUAGAUACGGUCGUUGUAUUUUAUUGGAUGGACAUUGGAUGAUGGAGCCUGGAGCUUUGCAUAUGCGUACUUGUUAUAUAUUAUGGAUCACGAUCAGGAAUGAAUAUUGCAUACUACGGGAAUAAACACCUGUCAU